UUUUUUUUUUUAAUCGACAACCAGUUCCUGUAAAAACUUGUGCAACUGGGGUUUCUUUUUCUUUUUAUUUUUUAACGUGUAGCUUUACUUUUAAUUUAUCAUUUCAUGGAAUUACCUCACAUUGGAAAGAAUUGUCAACUCGAACAAUGUCAUUCUUUAGACUUUCUUCCAGUUGCUUGUCCUCUUUGCCAACAAACCUAUUGUGGAGAGCAUAGAUUACCUCUUGAUCAUUCAUGUUCUCAGUGGAGUCGUGUGGACAAACAGUUGGUUCAAUGCGACACCUGUCAACAUCUUGUGAAAGCACCCGAUGCAGAAAAACUGACUCCUGAAGUCUCGCUGGAGAAGCACAAAGCAUCGAAUUGCAAAGUUUACUUAUAUCCACCCAAUGGUCCAAUACCAAAGAUUAAUCGACAGUGCACUGUCAAGGGUUGUAAAGAUAUAGAUCCUCGUGUAGGACCUAUCCGCUGUGAUGGAUGUGAAGAAGACUUUUGUCUGAGACAUCGACACCCUUCUGCACACAGAUGCAAGUCCUUAAAUGACGACGAAGACCGUAAACGAGAUCGCAAAUUAGCCGCCCAAGAAAAAGUCGCAAAGACGUUCACGUCCCCUACCAAAAAACCUAAGAUUAAAUCCGUCGCUGUCAAAAGUAAGAAUGGCGGGAUGGUUGAGCUUAUGAAGAUCAAAUCUCAAGCUAAAGGAAGCGCCUCUGUACCCACCUCAAGUCGUAUUUAUCUUUACGUUCAAUGUCCCAAAGAAUCAAAAUUGGAUUUUCAAUCGGUCUAUUUCGACAAGUUAAAUUCGGUUGGUAAAGCGUUAGAUUUAAUCGCGGAUACGUGUAAAGUGAACAACAAGAAUCAUACUCUUUCUCCGACCGAUCCAGAGCGUCUGGAGCUAUUCAAGUGUCCUGAAAUGACGGUUUUGGAUAAAUCAUGUAGUUUAGAGAAAUGUCUCCAGAAUCUGGACACCGUCUUGCUAGAAAGACAAGGUUCUGUCUCUAUAGAAGAAGACAAUGAUCAGUGAUCUAUCAGUAAUAUAAGGCAGGACAUUAACAAAGAUCUGCGUCAGGGUCGAACAACUUGGUAUCCCGAACUCAUGUCACUUUUAAUUCAAACAAACUUAUCAAUUUUUCGAGACAAAUAAACAUUACUUUUCAGGCAAUUAUCUGUAAAAAUAUUCAUAGACCAUUUGUUUAAAUAAUCUUCAGAUUAUUCAUUGCGUUCAGGAUGGUCUGUGCCAAAC